GGCGGGGGAAAGGGCGGUGGAGGUGGAGGUGGCGGAGGAGGCGGCAGGAGCGGCGGAGGGGGAGGAGGAGCCGGCAUGAUGAAGGCGCCCGGAGGCGACGGCGCCUAUAUCUCCCGCCCAGGGUUCGAGUCCAACCCGCAGGGCUUCUUCCAGGGUCUCCACGGCGCCGGAGGCAAGUAGCCGGAGACUUGGAGCGCACUUCCCUCAGUCAGUCAGCCAGUCAAGCUCCUCGUCUGUCGUCAGCGACUUAAUUCAGCCAUGCAUGUUUAAGCAUUGGCUUCUAAAUAAUGUAACCCUGUGAAAGCAGCCUGCAUGCUAAUACUAGUGCAAGUUCAUGUCGCUCGCUUGAUUGUAAUGGAAGUAUUGAUGAACCAUGCAAACAAUGAUCGUGGAAAUUAA